UCCAACACAGUUACCCUUACAAAAUAAAUCUACUGAGCAUAAUUAAAUUUCAAAAUUUGCUUAGCUAAAUUGGUUACCCAAAAUCUUGGCCUCUGAAACACACAACUCAUAGGGCUUUUCUCAUCGAUAUCCUAUUUAUGUUAUGCAAGACGUUCCGUUGAAAAUUUAAAAACGCUUGUAAAGCUAAAAAAAUUAUUCUCCAAUAAGGAUUAGAUAGACAAAUCAGUUGGCUCUCGAUCUUCGAAAUGUUGUUGGCCCGUUUAGCCCAUCUGCUGCCAGGAAGAUCGCUGCGUCUUUUGGGCCACACUGGAGGUCCUCGACUGUGGAGCUCCGCACAGUCCCAGAUCAGGAGUAAUCCUCGGACGACGCCAGCCCUGGGUCAAGUUAGGUCCGUAGUGCCCAAGAGGGAUGUGCAGGGACUGGGAAUGAGAAAGUAUUCCAGGGAGUCCAGGGAUCGCGACCGCUCCCACUUGGAGAGUCGGACCAGAGGACCCUCUCUCAAGGACCGCAUGAUGGGACCUCCCAGCGAAAACGCCUACUCCAUGGGCAAGGGAGCCGCCGCGGGAGCGGCCUUGAUGGGCAUUGUGGGUCUGUGCUACUACGGCCUGGGUCUCUCCAACCAGCCCAGCAUCUACGAUCACUCGGUGGUGUGGCCCCAGUACGUGAGGGACCGUAUCCACGCCACCUACGCCUACUUCGGGGCAUCCUGCGGCGUGACAGCAGCGUCAGCCGUUGCCAUCUUCCAGUCGGACGCCAUGAUGGCCCUGCUGACGCGCUCCGGGUGGAUCGCCUCACUGGUCACCCUGGGGCUGGUGAUGCUCAGUGGGGGCGUCGCCCAGGGAAUGGACUACCAGCCCGGAUUCGGGGCCAAGCAGCUGGCCUGGCUGGUCCACUGCGCCAUCCUUGGGGCGGUCCUGGCACCCAUAUGCCUGCUGGGCGGACCGAUCCUGACCAAGGCCCUGCUCUACACCAGUGGAAUCGUGGGCGCCCUAUCCACGGUGGCCGCCUGUGCGCCCAGCGAAAAGUUCCUGCACAUGGGCGGACCCCUGGCCAUCGGACUGGGCGUGGUCUUCGCCUCGUCGCUGGCCUCCAUGUGGCUGCCGCCCACCACUGCGGUGGGGGCGGGGCUGGCCAGCAUGUCCUUGUACGGCGGACUGAUCCUGUUCAGCGGGUUCCUGCUUUACGACACCCAGAGGAUCGUAAAGUCGGCGGAGCUGCACCCGCAGUACAAUAGCUCACUGUACGACCCAAUUAAUCACGCACUGGCCAUUUACAUGGAUGCACUGAACAUCUUCAUCCGCAUUGCCAUUAUUUUGGCAGGAGACCAAAAGCGGAAGUAACGGCGAUUCCAUCAAAUUGCUCAAUGGUCCAAGGUGCUCAAAGAGUAUACAUCGUUCGGUUAAAAUUUAAAAAAAAAUAGUUUCAAGUACACACAUAGAAUUUCUAAGGGCUGAUUCAGUAUUGUACAUAUACCUUCAAUUCUUUUGAUUGGGAUUUUAAAAAUCUUUACCUCUAAAUUAAAUAAACUUUUGCUGGCACUGGUUCAAAAUAACAAGACAAAAAAUACGUUUAUUAAUU